AUGGUGGGGGAGCUCACGCUGGGGUCGGUGGCGCUGCUGCAGCACGGAGAUAUUCCAGGGGCGUUGCAGUGUCUAGACAGCGGCUCUGCUGCUGCUGUGCUGCAGUGCAGCAGACUUCAAUCUCUCGCGAUGCAGCAGAGACUCGCCACACGAAAACGCAUGCAAAAAGCAGCAGAAGGGCCCCAAAGGGCGGUGCUCCUCGCACAAAGACUCACAGCUCUGGCCGUCAGCAGCUUAGCAGCAGCGAACUGCAGCAACAAGCAGCAGCAGCAGCAGCAGCAGCAGCAGCAGCAGGUUUCAGGGUCUGUUGCUCUGUCAACGUCUGCACCCGAGCUUGUAGAGAUUGUCGAUGCAGAAGCAGAAACAAGCAGUGUGAGCUGUACGUACACCUCAGAAGCCAUUGCAGUUGAUGAUGUGAGCAGCGAGAAGGAGGCAGAGGCAUGUUGCGCUGUCGAUACACCUGACGAAGAUAAAGAUAUAAUGGAUAUGCUGGAGAAAUAUAAUACUUUAGGAGUUAUGUCUUUCGCCUCCGUUUCAACAAUUCUUCACAGUGGAGAUGAACUACGACAGGCGUUGCUGCAGCGUGCAGCAGAGAAGCAGCAGAAGAUAACAGGCAGAAGCAAAGGAGUAAGAGGAGGAAGAAACAAAGGAACAUCGAUAGACCCACAAGCGAAGCUUGAUGCUAUUCUAUCAAUCCUUGAGUGUAACGCCUCCUAG